AUGACCAACACAAUUGUCGUCGUCGGCGGCGGCGUGUCCGGCCUCACGUCGGCGUAUCUGCUGUCCAAGAGCAAGGGCAACACCGUCACCGUCGUGGCCAAGCACAUGCCGGGCGACUACGACAUUGAAUACGCAUCGCCGUUUGCGGGUGCCAACGUCCUGCCCAUGAACCCAGACGCCGACAGCAGAUGGGAGCGUCGCACGUGGCCCGAGCUUGAAUGGCUCUGCAGAAAUGUUCCAGAAGCUGGCUUGCACUUCAAGAAUGUUCGUGUCUUCCGCAAGCACAAGGACCUGGACCCAGAUACGGCCUCGAUGCCCAUGGAUCCGCUGUUUGAUCCCAACCCGUGGUACCGCCACAUGAUGCCCGACUACCGCGAGCUCGAGUCGAGCGAGCUGCCGCCCGGGCAGGACAGCGGCUGCAGCUUCACCAGCGUGUGCCUCAACACGCCCAUGUACCUCUCGUGGCUGGUCGGGCAGUGCCUCCGCAAUGGCGUCGUCUUCAGGCGCGGCGUGCUGUCCGACCUCGCCGACGCGCGCCGCCUCUCGCACGCCGGCCGUCCGGCCGACAUCGUCGUCAACGCGACGGGGCUCGGGUCGCUGCGCCUCGGCGGCGUCAGGGACACGGCCAUGGCGCCGGCGCGCGGCCAGCUUGUGCUCGUGCGCAACGACCGCCCGUCGAUGCUCGUCACGUCGAGCACCGACGACGACAGCGGCGAGGUGCUGUACGUGAUGCACCGCGCGGCCGGCGGCGGCACCAUCAUCGGCGGCACCUACGAUAUUGGCAACUGGGAGUCGCAGCCGUGCCCCAACAUUGCCGCCCGCAUCAUGGCGCGUGCCGUGCGCCUCGACCCUGAGCUCGCCGGCGGUAAAGGCGUGACGGGGCUUGACGUGGUCCGGCACGCUGUCGGCCUGCGUCCGUACCGCAAGGGCGGCGUGCGCAUCGAGCGCGAGACGCUCCGAGACGAAGCGGAGGAUGGCGGCAGCAGCGUAGAGGUGGUGCACAACUAUGGCCACGCGGGCUGGGGAUAUCAGGGCUCGUUUGGCUGCGCCGAGAGGGUCGUGGAGCUUGUGAAUGAGAUUCGCGCGGCCAAGGGCGAGGAUCUCUCCAAGGAGCCUAAGCUGUUCAACUAUGACGCUGCGGCUACUCCCAAGCUGUGA